AUGGCCGAUACAAACAUGUCAGGCGAUCAGCCCGCCGAGCCCUUCACCCUCGAAGAACGCAUCCAGCAACUCUGCGACAUCGACAAGAACAUUGUCCAGCUCAUGAACCACACCUCCUCCGCCAUGUCCGCCCUGAGCAACAAGCCCCAGUCUUCGUCGUCCAACACCACAAGUACCGUCUCCCCCGAAGACCAGAAGCAGCUCUUCAAAGACUCAAUGGACUCCCUCUUGUCCACCCUUCACACAGUCGAUGUUCAUAUGAAGCGCCAGAUCAUGGGCCUCGAGGAGGCCGGCAUCAUCAAGCUUCGCAACGACGCUUCUAAGGAAAGGCAGGUUGUCAUGAACGAGGAUGCCAAGAUCGUCGCCAGACCCUCGUUGGAGCCAAAUGGAGUUGGCACCAUUGGCAACCUGGACGUUGGGUGGCUCAACAGCCGCAACAACAAGGUCGAGCGCGACAUGGAGGCCGAGCUGUGGGCGAAGAUGAGGGAGUUCCUUGAAAAAUACCAUGCAAAUGAGCAGCCAGGAGGAGUCGACAGGAUGCAGCAGUGA